GCACGCGCACGGGCCGGCGGCGCGCGCCGAGCGGGGGGCGCCGCGCGGUGCAGCCACGAUGGAAGGGGGUGCGUACGGAGCGGGCAAAGCCGGGGGCGCCUUCGACCCCCACACCCUGGUCCGGCAGCCGCACACCAUCCUGCGCGUCGUGUCUUGGGUGUUCUCCAUCGUGGUGUUCGGCUCCAUCGUGAACGAGGGCUACCUCAACAGCCCSGCGGAGGGCGAGGAGUUCUGCAUCUACAACCGCAACGCCAGCGCCUGCAGCUACGGCGUGGCGGUGGGCGUGCUGGCCUUCCUCACCUGCCUGCUCUACCUGGCCCUGGACGUCUACUUCCCCCAGAUCAGCAGCGUCAAGGACCGCAAGAAGGCUGUCCUGUCCGACAUCGGCGUCUCGGCCUUCUGGGCCUUCCUCUGGUUUGUGGGCUUCUGCUACCUGGCCAACCAGUGGCAGGUCUCCAAGCCCAAGGACAACCCACUGAACGAGGGUACGGACGCCGCCAGGGCCGCCAUCGCCUUCUCCUUCUUCUCCAUCUUCACCUGGGACUACAUGGACCCCAGCCAGGACUCCAGCAUGCCUUACGCCCCCUACGUGGAGCCCAGCACCGGSCCGGACCCCGCCGGCAUGGGUGGCACCUACCAGCAGCCGGCCAACGCCUUUGACACUGAGCCCCAGGGCUACCAGUCGCAGGGCUACUGAGCCGCAGUGACCGCCUGCCCCACCCUCGCGUGUCCUGCCCCMGCCCUCUGCCCUGCUCUCCGCCCCACGCCCUCCCCUCCCAGGCUGCCCUGCCCAGCACCCCGCAGCCUCCAGGUGUUCCACUGAGGUCCUGGAAGCUCUGGAGGGGUGGGAGCAGCCAGGUGUUGGGUUCUCUCUGCCUGAGUGUGCAAGUGUGUCCAGGGCAUGUGCCCAGCAGGGACUGGGGACAGGGGUGAGGUGCAUUCAUUCAUUGCGUCCUCAAGUGCUUGUUGAGCGCCUGCUGUGUGCCAGGCCUGUGCUCAGCACAUGUGGGGAAGAGGCAGAGAUGGUCCCUGUCAAGGGCUGGGUGAGAUGUGGAGGGAGCCCUGUUAGCACCAAGGCAGGGCUGGGGUGAUGCCCGGAGGUCUGGUGGCACGGGGCUCAGGCUGUCACCCCCCAGAACCUGUCCACACACCCGACCUGCUAGGAUUGGCAGGUUGAGGAAGCUGAGGCCUGGGAAGGUCAAGGUCGCUUGCCCAGGUGGCUCAGGAGGCUGGCAGUGAAGRCAGGGCUGGGCAGGCAGCCCCUAGGCUGGUGCCUGCCCGCUCUUCCUGCCCUACCCGCUCCCCCAUCACGAGCCUGGCUCCGUGGUGUCCUCGUCCUGGGGCCAUGGGCGCCUCAGCCCCGAGACACCACGAUCCUGCUGCAAGCUAGGGGCCUGCUCCUGUGGGUGCCCACCCUUGGCCUUGGCCUUCUCCAGGGGUGCUCACCCUGCUCGCCCAUGACCCCGUGCUUCCUGCUCUGUGUCCUGCAGGGAGCUCUAGCAACUCCCUCUUGGUCUCCCAAACGACUGGCUCCCCAGGUCCCUGCCCAGAGCUGGUGGGUAAGAAGGCCAGGUGGGGGGCAGGGCUGGCCCAAGGUCCCAAAGAGCCGGUGGAGCUGAGCUGGGUUUGCUGCCUGGGUUUCUUGACCCCAGUCACCCAGCAGGUGCCUGAUACCCUGCCUGAUCUGGGACACUCAUCCUCCUCUCGCUGGGGUCAGCCAGAGAUUCUGGCUGGAGCAAGCCUGGACAUGGGGCAUCUUUCCCUGGCCUUCCAGAGGCCUGCUGUGGGAGGCAGUGCAAAGCCCCCAAGGGGACCCAGGGAGGGCGGCUGGUGCAGAGUGGCUCAGGGUGACUGGGCUGCAGCGGGUAGGGCCUCGGCGACCCCUAAGACACAGGCAUGGGUGGGGCYUGUGGGCAUAGCGGGCCCUUCUGGGCUAGGCAGGGAAGGCUCUUGCAUAAGGUUCCUCCACCCUGAGCUGCAAGUGACAGGGAGGCUGCAUGUCUGUGCCGUCCGUCCUCCUGCACCUCUCUGCCCGGUGCACACGAGCCAGUACCUCAGGCAGCAGGGCAGAGGGGAUUGUGGGUUGGCCACAGGGAUGGGGCGAGAGAGCCCUCGCCCCCUGACCCCUUCGCCCCUUGCCUUGUUCACUCUCAGCAGCCAGUUGUCAGGUUCCUGUGCUGGGGACAUGGAGGGUGUGCAUGGUCCCUGCCCCUGCCCUCAGAGCUUAUGGUCCAUUGGGAAGACAAGCACCAGCCAGAAAAGGUACAAAGAGCCCGUUGAGGGUGGGAGGCGUGGGGCAAACCCCGUGAGCCCAAGGCUCCCCUGAGCAAGGGUCCUGAGGUGGGCCAGGAACGGGGAAGGAGCAGCACUGUCCCCCUGAACAGAAGGGACGCUCCGUGAGCACAGGCGAGCUAGCAGUGGCUGUGGAUAGAACUGGGGUCUGUCCAGGCCCCCAAGGGCAGUGGGGUGGCAGAGGGCCUGAGGCAGCUGGACAGCAGCUGGGUUCCAUGUGAAAAUGAGACAGAGGGUGACAGAUGUUCCAGGGUAGGAUUUGGACGGGACACGCCCCUGAGUGCUGCUGGAGGCCUCAUCGCCCUUCUGCUGUCUGCGCACAGCCCCUUGGGGCCCUGAGCCCGAGGCCCCUGGCAUCUCGAAUCCCCUCGGCCUCCCCCAAUGCCCUCUGCUUUCCUUUUUUCCAAAUUUUCCUUGGAGAAGUGCCCCACACCCCGCCCUCAGCCCAACCGUGCAGGGUUUGGACUCCCCCUUCCCCAUCAAGCACAAGAGGCCCCGGAAAUGGGUUCCACAGUGUGGAGCUGCAAGGACCCUUAGAAAGGCUCCAGUCUGGACAGGAAGGCAGUAAUCUGUCCAAGGUCAAGCACAGAACAAGAGGUGGGGAGCCCUCUCUUCUGCCUCCUGAGUUGACAUGAUCCUGUGCAAUCGGCCGUCAGGCCUGGGUGGCUCCUCRUCCACCUGGAGGUGUGAUAAUGGAGGGGCUAAUUCCCAGGGGCCUGCAUCGGCUUCCCCUCUCCCUCCUUCCCUGGUGAAUCUCGAUCUCAAAGACUCUUGAGGGCCCCAGGUUCUUCSUAGGUACCAAGAGCUCCCACUUGUUACCCCUGGGGGCCGCUAGCCCUGGCCCAAGGCUCCUUUGAUUCUCUAAGGAGCAUGAAGGGGGACCGCCCCCCAGACUUUAUGGAGGAUGGAUUGGUCCAGCCACCUCCCAGCGCUGCCCCUGACCUGACACUCCCAGCCCCUGGUGCCCACAGCCCUUGUCUGGGUGCCCUGGCCCUUCCCGCAGCGGUACUGCCUGURUAUAGUAUAAAUAUAUAUAUUUUCUAUAUAUAAGAUGUAUAAUAUAAGGCUCCACAAAUAUAUCUAUGUGUGUGUGUGCGUGCACGCGCACGUGUGGUGAAGGGUGGUCCCCAUCCUGGGCCCCCAUCUAGACCCCCCACCACCUGGUCAAGUCUCUCAAGAGUGAAUCCAGUGGCCCUGUGGCACCCUCCUUUAUGACAUCUGUCCAUUUGUGGUGAACCAAGUGAAGGUGGUGACUUCUGGUGACAUAGUAAUAAAGUGAAGA